GUUCCUCUACUGUGUAGUCAUUUCUGUGGUGUUGUAACUGACGAAAAAGGAAGUUUGGUGGCGUUAGUAUCGUUAAUAUUAAUCAUAAUAAAAAUACUCGAGGGGAGUUGGCUUAAUUUUAGGCUUAUUCCGGUUACAGAAAAGAAGUAAUUAGACAAUUUAUAAGUAUUUACUUUAUUUAACAUAUUUUUAACUUUCUGUUUCAAAUUACAGUUUAUAACGUUAGGAAGCUUAAUUUUAUAGAAUGGGAAGCAAGGAUGACGAAUACGAUUAUUUGUUUAAAGUUGUUUUGAUUGGAGACUCCGGUGUUGGAAAAAGUAACCUCCUCUCCAGGUUCACAAGAAAUGAAUUCAAUUUGGAAAGUAAGAGCACCAUUGGUGUGGAAUUUGCUACUCGAAGUAUACAAGUAGAUGGGAAAACAAUUAAGGCUCAGAUCUGGGAUACUGCUGGACAAGAAAGAUAUAGAGCUAUCACCAGUGCAUACUACCGUGGUGCUGUUGGGGCUCUACUAGUAUAUGAUAUUGCUAAACAUUUAACCUAUGAGAAUGUGGAACGUUGGCUUAAGGAGCUACGAGAUCAUGCUGAUCAGAACAUUGUUAUUAUGUUAGUUGGUAAUAAAAGUGACUUACGACACUUGAGAGCUGUCCCAACUGAUGAGGCCAGGGCAUUUGCUGAGAAGAACAUUUUGUCUUUUAUUGAGACAUCUGCUUUGGACUCCACAAAUGUGGAAGCUGCCUUUCAACAAAUUCUAACAGAAAUUUAUCGAAUUGUAUCCCAGAAGCAGAUCAGAAAUGAUGCUGAUAAUGAUCCUUCUCCAUCAGGAGACAAUGUGAAAGCAAUUUCCAUUGCCCCAACUGAUAGCUCAGACACGCGUAAAAGACAAUGCUGUCAGACAUAGAUGAAGGUCUUGUGUCUCAAACUCCCAUGGUGCACCCUUGUUUUCGUUUAUAACUUUAUAUGUGGCCAAACUGAUUUUUUUCCUUCAAAAUUUGCCAGAUUCCAUAAGUCUGCAAUGUCCUUGUUUAGAGAGCUCUUGUACUUUAUUCUUAAGUUGAAAAUAAAUUCCUUGUAUUGUCUAUUAAAACAGAAAAAAAAAUCACUGGUGGAACAGUUCUCUAUAUUUGUAAUGUACAUGUGUUUGUAGAACUGCAGGGUAAUUCUUGCAGUCUAUAUACACUCGUCUUUGUGUUAGUAAUGCUUUCAUUAUAAAUGUGCUGCACUGCAGCUUUACAAAUAACUACCUUCAGCUGCUUGUGAGACUUUUAUAAUCUUCUAUUCUAGACUAACUGUUGAGAACUUUGAUUUAGAAAAUAGCUAAAGAAGCUCUGAAACAAGUUCACUGAACAGGCUUUUUUGAUAAUGACUAGAGUUGUGCAUGUCAUUAUGAAAUCAGAAAGUAAAUACCUAGUGCACAUUGCUUUUUUUUUUGAAUUCAAUAGUAAUUGUACUGAAACCAUUGUAGAAAUCAAGAUUUCAGUUCACACAAGUUUUUAUCAGUUGUACGUAUUAAAACUUUUGUUUAUUUUAUUCACAGCAUUUCACCAGGUUUACCAGGCAUCAUCAGGUGAGAUUUGUAUUUUCAUUAAUUACAUAUAAACACCCAAAGGCUUUUGGAUUCUUGUAAUGAGUAUUACCCAGAGUUUCUUUUAAAUUUCUGAAGCAUUAUUCGGUCUUAGUUCUCGUAUCUCACCUGAUGAUGCCAGGCAAACCUGGUGAAAUGCUGUGAAUAAAAUAAAAGUUUUUACUAUGUACAACUGAUAAAAAAACAACAAAAAAACUUGUGAAUUUGAAGUAACAUAUUUCUAUCUAAUCUCUAAAGAUUUUGGUUUGUUCUUUGGAUAACACUGUUAGUUUUAACUGAGAAACAAAUCUUUUAGUGAGUCACAUGGGAUGGAACUAUUCUAGAUAAUCCAGCUUUGUCAUUACACAUAAAUAAAAAAUUUAGUGAUUCAAAUGGGACAAAUCUAGGUUAGAAGAUAUGUUUUUGUCACUACACAUAAGUGGAUAUGUUUAAGAAAUUGUUAAUAGAGAUGUGUACAAAUUUAUGCCGAGCUUGUGUAUUUUAUGUGUUACAGGCACUUUGUUGCUACAUAUAGAGGAGUUUAAGACAGUAUCUUGAAAGUAUGUGCAGUUCUUUAGGUUUGAAUGGUCCAUGAAAUGUCAGACCUCUCCUGUACAUUAGUGUAUUUAGGAUAUAUUAAAAACAAGAAACAUUGAGAUGUUUUUGAGGGUGACAGUGACAUAGUAUUUUAUUCUUAAGCUUAAUCUUACUGAAUAUUAAAUGUAUCAGACAGUGAUAUAAAAUAUGUGCACUUCUUUUAUGUCUAAGAAAAAUAAAAUUGUUCCAAACAAACUUCCGAACACCAACCUUCUGUACACACUUUACUUAUUUAUGCAGAUUUCAUGUUUUCCAAGUUUUUGAUUGUUUCAUCUGUUUGUAGGCUUUGUUAAUUAGGUGUCAAAUAAAAAUUCAUAUUCAUUU